AUGCAACGUCUGCCUCCAGCUGGGUGGUCACGUCACCUUUUAUUUUACCUUCAUCGAUGUAAAUAUUGUUCACCCAAUUCCAAUCCACGCGAGUAUACGCGCCAGAUCUCUCAAUUAUCAAAUCCAUCACUUCCUAUGCCUGAACCAACUUAUGAACCUUUUCAUUUUCCUGAUUCUCAUAAUAGUUCCGCAAAAUAUAACGAACGAUUGCAUUCAUAUGCAUCUUUAAUAAAUAUAACAGACGAAAAUAUUGAGAAAGUAUCCCCAAUGAAUAAUCCUUCUUGGUGGAGACAGACGAAUUUAUUUGGCUUUAUCCCUAUCGCAGCAUAA